AUGGCGAGUGACCCCGGGGCAGAGCCCGAUGCUGAGGAUGCAGCUGAGGCUGAAGAGGGUGUCUAUGAGGAGGUGAUGCCCUGCAACAGGAUGGAGCUGAGCCAGCUGGCCGUGGAGGAGCUCAUCACCACUGAGGCCAGCUAUGUCCACAACAUCCAGCUCUGUGUGUCAGACAUCCGAGCACACCUCCAGAAGAAGCAGCUGCCUGAUCUUGACCUGGAAGGACUGUUCUCUAACACUGACGACAUCCUGCACAUGUCCAGACGGUUUCUGAAGGGUCUUGAGGACACGACCACGGCCACCCAUGAGCACGAGCAGCUGUUCUGCAUCAGCACGCUGUUCCAGGAGUUCAAGGAGGAGAUGGAGACCACCUACAAGAUCUACUGUGCCAGCUACGAGCAUGCCCUCCUGCUGGUGGAGAGCUACCGCAAGGACCCCAGGCUGCAGGAGGAGAUCCUGGACACCCUGAAUGCAACAGUGCCUCACACGGGUGCGUCGGACCUCAGCUUCUUCCUGGUGAUGCCGGUGCAGAGGGUCACCAAAUACCCGCUGCUGCUGGGGAAGAUCCUGGAGAACACCCCCGCCAACAGCAGCGUGUACUCAGCGCUGGAGGCAGCCGUCCGCGCCAUGGCCCAGGUCAAUGCCAACAUCAAUGAGUACAAACGGCGCAAGGAAGUAGCAACCAAAUACAACAAGGCUGAGCACCUGACGCUGCGGGACCGCUUCGCGCGCCUCAACACGCACUCCAUCGCCAAGAAGACCACACGGCUGAGCCGGCUCUUCAUGCACGAGGCCGGCAUCGUGGCCAAGACUCAGGACAAGGAGUAUGAUGACCUGGAAGAGAAGUUCCAGUGCGUGGUGUCCACCGUGGCUACACUGAAGGAGAAUGUGGCAUCCUACCUGGGCCAUUUAGAGGCGUUCCUGUUGCCUACCCCUCACCAGCACGAGCUGCAGAUCAGCGAAGGACCUGCCCAGCAGUACCGCCGCUUUGCUGAACACCUCCACUGCACUGUUUUCCCAGAGUUUAAGCAGCGUCUGGACAAGCUGGUGUGCCAGCCCCUGUGCAGCCUCUCAGACAUGCUGGUGGGGCCGCAGCAGCUGGUGAAGAAGCGCCUGGACAAGCUGCUGGACUACGAGGAGAUCCAGGAGCGGAGGAGCGAGAUGGGCAGCGUGACAUACGACGAGGAGGCUGCCAUGAACACCUACCUCGCCAUCAAUGCGCUGCUCGUGGCCGAGCUUCCGCGGUUCAACCAGGCGGCCCUGCAGCUCCUGGGGCAGAUCCUGCGCUCCUUCAGCACCCUGCAAUGGGACCUGGCUGCCGAGGUCCUGCACCAGGCAGAAAAGGAGCUGGAGCAGAUGCCCCAUGGCCGCAUGCCUCUGCCCAGUUUCUGGAAGAUGGUGGAGGACACCCUGCAGCAGUCUGGUGCUCAGCUCCAUGUUUUCCAACAGACGUUUGAGACGGUCACGCCGAGCCCUGUGGCACAGCCUCUGAACCCUGCUGAGGAGCGGAAGGUCCUUUCCCUUGUGAGCAAGCACGGCCCAGACAAACUUUACCAAGUGACGAGCAACAUCAGUGGCAGCAGAGACUUGGACCUGACCUUGCAAAGAGGACAGAUUGUAGCUCUGCUGCAAAGUGUGGAUACUAAGGGGAACACGAACAGAUGGCUGGUGGAUGCUGGAGGUCCCCGAGGGUUUGUGCCUGCUGGAAAACUCCAGCCCUAUUGCCCAGCACAAAGCCAGCAGCCUGGGAUGCAGAUGCUGACCCUGGAGAGCAGCACAGAGAGAAGGAGACAUUCGUAUGCAUCACCUGCAGCUCCCAGGCCCCAGGUGCCCACCUUCACUCCAACCUACCAGGUGGUCGCUGGCUUCUCCUUCGCAGCCAGGAGCCCGCAGGAGGUGACUCUCCAGGCAGGGCAGCCCGUGGUGGUGCUGGAGCCGCACGACAAGAAGGGGAACAAGGAGUGGAGCCUGGUGGAGGUGAAUGGCCAGAGGGGCUACGUGCCAUCCAGCUACCUGGUGACUGUCCCCGUGCAGGAGCCCACGGGCUGGAGCUUGCCCGUGUGA